AUGAGCGGAGGAGCUGCCGGUUUCUUGCACGACGGGCGCGAGUAUAAACCUGAUACCGUUGAGACCAUCGACCGCGCCAGCGGUGUCGACGCUACAUCCCAGCAACGCGCCAAGCGCGAGGAUCGCGAAACGGCCAAGUCCGAGGAAACGGGCACCGUGUCCAAAAGCGAGAUUGAUUCUUUGAAGGCUGACCAGUACCCUGAUGAACAGAACGUCGAGGGGCGCACACGAGGAAUCAAGGUAGAUGCAUUCAAGCAAGAGCGGGAAAUGGACAAGUUCCUUGACGAGCAGGGAAUCACGGAUGCGGACCAGGACGUGGAGAUUAGUAAAGCCAGCGGGAGGGCUUGA